UGGUGCUGCUAGUGCUACUGGUGGCUGGCAGUCUCGCCAUGUACGCCACCAACAAUGAGCGCUGUACGUGCGCCCCCGGACCGCCGGACUAUCUCUGCCCGUCGGCACCACUGCUGCAGGUGUACCUGCCGCACGAGCUGUACUGUACCCGCUACUACAAGUGUACCGAUGGGCGUGCGAUCGAGUUCCAGUGUCCUUACGGAUUGUACUUCGAUACGCAGAACAAUACCUGUACGUGUGACUUUACGCAGUGCUACCGGACAGAUCCCUGCAUCGUGUUCGUUGAUAGCUGCCGUUGCUGCAACAGACAGUUCGAAAACACGGGCCUGGCGCCGGAAAAUUUCUACGUCUGCUACAACGACGGAUAUGCGGUAGCGACGACCUGCCCGGUAGCGCUCGAUCCCUGCACUGGCUCGCAGGUGCAGCUACAGUUUGUAAAUCAAAAGUGUGAGGUGCCACCGCCGUGUAAGUUUAAGUGGUGUUCUUUGCAGAGCGGCUCUGGAUUGAAAAUCCAUCUUGGAAUUUCGUUUCAGCUACUACCACGGUGGCUACCACGACCACGACAGCGGCCUCAACUACGACAACAACAACCGAGGCUACAACAACGACCACCACGGAAGCUACAACAACGACGACCACGGAGGCUACAACCACGACAACCACGGAGGCUACUACAACGACGACGGCGGCCCCGGUAGCAUAGGAGUUCCACCGAACUGUAGCCAACCAGUUCAUAUUUAUUUGGUUUUGGAUCUUUCCGUUCUACUGCCGCGCGCAGCAGAAUAACUCCGGACAAGGAAGCUUAAACUAACACCUCUUUCAUAGGUUAAAGCAAUUUGUUGAAUAAAAAUAGCCUCUCAAGUGCUCCGAACAGGUCGAAAGACGCUCUGCAUGACAAGGCAAUGA